GCUGAUGACUCCCCCUAAGGGGAUGACGAUGUGGAAGAAGAAGUUCUUCUAUAUCAAGUCUGCUGCCCUUGCUGUGGAUAUGACGUUUCGGAAUGUGACCGAGACGAUCAUAGCAGAGACCAUUGCGAUGCCCAGUUUGAAAUCAGUGCAGUGGUUCCCGCAGCUGCAGACUAUUGAGUCUGUGAAGUUGACUAACACGCAACUAUGGCUGUUGCGUAUGAUGUUGAGGAGGGGCAAGAACUCGAAACCCGUGGUGCGGGAAAAGAGCGGUGAAGAUGCUCCCGCAUGGAGGAUGUUUGCUCCGGAUUUCGAGGGUACGGUUGAGACCGUAGUUUGUGCGGAUGGUGAACAGGAUCACAAUACUAUCAUCCGUAGUAACUUCCGGGUGCCUACUGAGGCUGCACUGGCAGUUGAGUUGCCAGUAGGCAAAGGUGAUCUUGGGGCCUUGGGGGACCCUGAAGCGAAAGGUGUGCCAAAGAGGCAAACUGUGAAGGGCGUGCGCUUUCGCUAAAAGAAGAUAAAGGAGGUCACUACUGUGCCUCAUUUGGUGCCGCAGGCAGCAGGUAUCUCUCAUUCCUCUUUUCGUCGACACAAGAAUUAUGUGAUAGUAUCUGAUACCCUUGAGGGUUUGGGUACAGCCGCGGAGUCACGCUCUGGUGCUGCGAAGAAGCAUGCAGAAGAGGCGGCUGCGGGAGGGACAGCUGCGGGUCCCCCUGUGAUUGGUGAGAAGAGGCGGCUGCGGGAGGGACAGCUGCGGGACCCCUGUCAUGUCUGCGGGAGUCCACGCGAAGAUGUCUUGGUUCCUGAAGAGGAGCUCCUUCAGGUGCGCUCUGGUGGUCGAGGAUAAGGCGUGACC